GUGCAUGUAACAGCUAAUAACAGUGGAGGAUGUGGCUCCAUUAGGACCGGGCGAGAAGAGAUAUUUAAAUAUGUGGCAGAGGGUGGGCACAGACAAAGAGCAAUGUGAGCGAGAUUUAAGUUACAGGUAAAAUCUGACUGCAAACAGAGACUAUGCUAAUUGUACAUUACAGCAAGAAAUGUCUUGAAUUCUCAAGCUGAGAGCCUGGACUGUUUUUUUUUAGAAAUUUGUUGCUUUCUAACACUUUUUUUGCAGCACUAGUGGCUUUUAUUUUUGACAGUAGGUAGACAGAGAGGAAGACAUGCAGCAAACAUCGCUGGGGCCAGGACUUUAACCCAGGACUGCCACGUCAAGGACUAAAGCCUUGCUACAUCAUGGAUUACAACAAGCCGAUGAGGGCUCCUUCAAUGAGAUGGAACAGUGAGAACCCCUCGAUGGUCCAGUCUCCUUCUCCUCCACCUUACCUGGGCCCCUCAUAUUCAGCACAGCCACAGGGUUAUGAAUUUCCACAACAGUAUGGCUCAAGAUUUGACCAGCGUCCUUAUAGGCAGCCUUUCCAGCAGCCUUACAGUCAGCCUUUCCAGCAGCCCAACCAGCAGCCCAACCAGCAGCCUUACAGUCAGCCUUUCCAGCAGCCCAACCAGCAGCCUUACAGUCAGCCUUUCCAGCAGCCCAACCAGCAGCCUUACAGUCAGCCUUUCCAGCAGCCCAACCAGCAGCCCAACCAGCAGCCUUACAGUCAGCCUUUCCAGCAGCCCAACCAGCAGCCUUACAGUCAGCCUUUCCAGCAGCCUUUCCAGCAGCCCAACCAGCAGCCUAACUCAAUGGGCCAGGAGCGACCGGUAGAGCCAGGCAUCUUCACUGUACAGCCAGCAGUUCAAAAUCAACAAGAAGGCCACAAUGUUAACAACUACUUGUGCUACUCCAUCUUCACCAUGCUCCUCUGCUGCCUGCCACUGGGAAUAGUCGCCCUUGUCAAUUCCAUCUUAGUUCGUGAUAGCAUCGGUAGCAGGGAGGAAGCAAGAAGACACAGCAGGCGGGCCCUGAUACUGAACAACAUGGCUGUGGUGUUUGGGAUUGUAAUCUAUGUCACAGCGAUUACAGUUUUACUUAUUGUAUGGAUAUAAUUUAAUGUUUACCUCGGAUUUUUGUCAUUCUACAUCAACUACCUAGACAAUAAGAAGACAUGAGGCCAAAUGUCAUCCAUUUUUAACCAGUCAUCUAACUGAUUAACAAUGUUCCACUUAUUACUUUAAUCAGUUUGUCUGAAUGUGUUUCUAAUUUCAUUGUCCUAUGUCAUCACAAUCAGUAGUCUUUUAUCAUUUCUAUCAGUUAUUUGCAUAUUAUGGUAUUAUUUUAUUAUUGGAAUUAUUUCAGCCAAAGUGGCAUCUAUGAAAAACCUUUAGUGACUUUAAUUGAGCACAUUGAACACUGUGACAUGUUUUAAACAUGUUUUUUUUUUUCAUAAAAUGUAAGUCUUUUCAAAUAUUUGUGCAGAUAUAACCUGCUUAGUUUUGUGUAAAUCCUUAACAAAAGAUCUUAACGUGUUGAUAGGUAUGAUCAUUUGCAUUUCUCUUUCAUAUGUUUUGUCAAGUAAAGUUAAUGAAGAUGGGCUUAAUAAAGAUAGGGUAGUCUAUUUACAGAGUUAAACGAUCAAAUUUUCAGGAUUAAUGGGAAAAAUAAUAAUAAAAGCAAAUACCCAGCUACUUAAA